AUGGGGGCUAGGACAACUUUAUCUUCUUUCUGGGUUCACUCUUUUGCCGAGACAGGGAUUUUGUCCCCAGGAGGCAUUCCCCAGCCCAUGGGAUCUCAGCAUUCAAAGCAGCACAGGAAACCUGGGCCCCUGAAACGGGGCCACCGAAGAGAUGGGAGAACAACCAGGAGGAAGUACUGGAAGGAAGGAAGGGAGAUCGCUGGUGUCUUAGAUGAUGAGGGCAGCAACCUGAGGCAGCAGAAGCUUGACCGGCAGCGGGCCCUGCUGGAACAGAAGCAGAAGAAGAAGCGCCAGGAGCCCCUGAUGGUGCAGGCCAAUGCAGAUGGACGACCCCGGAGCCGGCGGGCCCGGCAGUCAGAGGAACAAGCCCCCCUGGUGGAGUCCUACCUCAGCAGUGCUGGCAGCACCAGUUACCAAGUUCAAGAGGCCGACUCACUUGCCAGUGUGCAGCUGGGAGCUGCCCACCCAACAGCACCAGCCUCAACCAAGAAAACCAAGGCAGCUGCUGCAUCUGGGGGCCAGAGUGGGGUCUCUAGGAAGGAGAAGAAGGGAAAGCACAAAGGCACCGGCGGGCCAGCAGCACUGGCAGAAGACAAGUCUGAGGCCCAAGGCCCAGUGCAGAUCCUGACUGUGGGCCAAUCAGACCACGCGCAGGAUGCAGGGGAGACAGCAGCUGGUGGGGGCACCCUAUCCAGCCAGCAGGACCUGCGUGCCACGAUGCAGAGGAAGGGCAUCUCCAGCAGCAUGAGCUUUGAUGAGGAAGAGGAAGAUGAGGAUGAGAACAGCUCUAGCUCCUCCCAGCUAAACAGCAACACCCGCCCCAGCUCUGCCACUAGCAGGAAGUCCAUCAGGGACACAGCCUCAGCCCCCAGCCCAACAGCCCCAGAGCCACCAGUGGAUGUUGAGGUUCAGGAUCUUGAGGAGUUUGCCCUGAGGCCAGCACCCCAGGGAAUCACCAUCAAAUGCCGCAUCACACGGGAUAAAAAGGGGAUGGACCGGGGCAUGUACCCCACCUACUUCUUGCACCUGGACCGUGAGGAUGGAAAGAAGGUGUUCCUCCUGGCAGGAAGAAAGAGAAAGAAAAGCAAAACUUCCAAUUACCUCAUCUCUGUGGACCCAACAGACUUGUCUCGAGGAGGGGACAGUUACAUCGGGAAACUGCGGUCCAACCUGAUGGGUACCAAGUUCACAGUUUAUGAUAAUGGAGUCAACCCUCAGAAGGCAUCAUCCUCUACUUUGGAAAGUGGAACCUUGCGUCAGGAGCUGGCAGCUGUGUGCUAUGAGACAAAUGUCUUAGGCUUCAAGGGGCCUCGGAAGAUGAGYGUAAUUGUCCCAGGCAUGAACAUGGUACACGAGAGAGUCUCUAUCCGCCCUCGCAAUGAACAUGAGACACUACUAGCACGAUGGCAAAAUAAGAACACGGAGAGUAUCAUUGAACUUCAAAACAAGACACCUGUCUGGAAUGAUGACACACAGUCCUACGUACUCAACUUCCAUGGACGUGUCACACAAGCCUCUGUGAAGAACUUCCAGAUCAUCCAUGGCAAUGACCCGGACUACAUCGUCAUGCAGUUUGGCCGGGUAGCAGAGGAUGUAUUCACCAUGGAUUACAACUAUCCGCUGUGUGCACUGCAGGCCUUUGCCAUUGCUCUGUCCAGCUUCGAUAGCAAGCUGGCCUGUGAGUAG